CAUAUAUGUUUUCAGUUCAAUUGUGGUUUUCUUAUUUUUUUAUUUUGGUUUAUAAGCUUGGCAAAAUCAGUUUUGGGGUUUUUUUAUAUAUACUAGCAAUGAGUUCUUGAAAAGAACAAGUUAAAUCUGAAAACAAGCUUUGGGGGUUUUUUUAUUAUGUUUAGCAAAAAUGUAAGCAAUAUGGUGGUAUUGUUUAUUAAACUGAGCUGCUUGGAUGAGAGCUUUGCAUUUGCUUUUUAUGCCAUCUGAAAGAUGAGUUGAAAAGGAUUUCUGAAAACUUGAUUUGUUUCCUUUCUAAAUUCUACUGUGUCUGCCACACACAAUUCUCAAAGUUUUCUAGAUUUUACACUAAAUAUGACAAGAAUGUAAAUUAAUUCUCUGUUUCCAUAGAAAGGUGCCUUGGGAGUGGAAAAAGCUCAUGGAUUUUCAUUGGGAACUCUCCUGUGCAGGGGCCUCAGUGUGUUCAAGACAUAUAUUUGAAAGGAAGUAGUAGAAGAGCUGCAACUUUUUGAAGAUACACACCAUACCAUAUCUAGAAAGUAAUAAAGGAAACUUCAUCCACACUUCAGCAAAAUGCAGCGGAGUCUGUUCCAUUCUGCGUCUCAGCUGGCACACGGGACGUGUUGGUUCUUCCCUCGCACCGGUGUCUUUCAGUGCUUAAAAGGACAGUCUGUGCUGCCUAAUGUGGGAUGCAAAGUGAUUCUGGCACUGGACCAUCCUAAACGAUGUCUUCAUGCAGGUGCAGCUCACUUUGCCUCAAAGAAAACUGCUUUUCCAUCACAGCCAGCAGACACUUCUCACAAAGUACCAGAAGAAAGAAAUCCUUUACCUUCGGCCGCUGAUGCGUCCAAGCAGAGCCCUGCAGAGUCAGAUUCUUCAGAACCUGAUCCAUUACAAGAUAAAUCAAUUAGUCUUGUUCAGAGGUUCAAGAAAACUUUUAAGCAGUAUGGGAAAGUCAUGGUUCCAGUGCACCUUGUGACUUCCAGUGUAUGGUUUGGAUCCUUUUACUAUGCAGCCAUGAAUGGGGUGAAUGUUGUUCCAUUCCUAGAGUUGAUUGGCUUACCAGACAGCGUAGUAGACAUCCUGAAAAAUUCCCAGAGUGGAAAUGCACUAACUGCAUAUGCAUUGUAUAAAAUUGCAACUCCUGCCAGAUACACUGUGACUUUGGGAGGAACGUCUGUCACUGUUAAAUACCUACGUAAGCACGGCUACAUGUCCACACCACCACCAGUAAAGGAAUACCUGCAAGACAGGAUGGAGGAAACAAAGGAUAAAAUUUCAGAGAAGAUGGGGGAAACAAAGGAUAAAAUCACAGAGAAGAUGGGGGAAACAAAGGAUAAAAUUACGGAGAAGAUGGGGGAAACAAAGGAUAAAAUUACGGAGAAGAUGGGGGAAACAAAGGAUAAAAUUACGGAGAAGAUGGAGGAAACAAAGGAUAAAAUUACAGGGAAGAUACAAGAAACCAAAGAGAAAGUUUCAUUUAAAAAAAUAAAGGAGUAGGAGAGAUGUUUAAUUUUUGGAUAUAUCAAACUUAGCACUUUAACCCUUUGUAAGGCAGGAUAUGCAAAGUGCACUUCUGAGCUUUUUUCUUUUUUUUCUAUUUUUUACCCUUUGUCUGGAAACAACAAUUGCAACAUGGAUUUAAAGGUUAAAGUUCCUUGGGGAAGAGGUUGUGACCUAAAGGUUUCAAUUUUCAGAAGGAAAAGUGAAUCUCACAUUAGAAGUUAACAUGUCCCUUGGUAAUAAUGUUAAGAAUUACUCUUCCCUCUUUUUUUUUUCCCACACCCUCUUCCUCAAAAUGAAGGCAAUUUCUGCCAAGAGCCACCACUCUGUUCUUCUCCCAUCAUAGUGCACAGCCAUGGUUCCACUAGACUGAGUCUUCCAUUAAAUAAGAAUGAAGAUUUCUCUGUUGGGAAGAGCAGCAUGUUUAGAUUUUUAGAGCACGUGGACCCAAGCGCAUCUUCAAUCGUGAUCAUCUCUCAAUUUGGAGCAGACCAUUGUCACUGAUACUGCACAUGAAGGAAUUGAUGGAUCAGCUACUCAGCAGGAAUUCAUUACAAUGGCUUCCUUGGCUUCUGCCAGGCUGCUGUGGUCUAUGGGCUGAGACUAUGAAUCUUUCUUGAACAGUGCAUCUCUUCAGAAAUCUUAACUGAAAGCUAUAGGAAGAUGAGUUAAUCACAGUAGCCAUACUGUCAAGUAUACUUUAUUUCCUGAAGUUGAUUUACAGUACAAAGUCAUUAAAAUCAAUAAUUGUAUAUUAAACACUAGGAUUUGUUCAUUGUGUUAAAGUUUACAAACCUGCUCUAUUUCAUUUUUGAAACAAAAAAAAAUUGAAAGAAAAGUUUAUUUGAGAAAUUGCUACACUAAGGGGCUUUUUAAAUAUUUGGAAAGUUAGAGUUAAACCCAAAGUUCCUCCUCCUCCCUCAGUAAAACAAUUUGACUAAAAUAAGCAUGAUUUCUGAGACAGCAAUCACAGUCUACCAAACUUUUUUCCCCUAGAUUAAGUCAAGCAAACACUUAUUCAUACCUGAAGGCUGAAAUGCUGUCUCAGAUGUCAUAAAGGACUUAAGUUGAAAGUGUUCCAUUUGGCUGGGCAGGCAAACUUCUCUCGGUUUUAUUCACAUGUAGGCUGAAUUGAAGUCUGGUUUUCCUAUUUCUACUACAGAUCUCACUUGUAGCAACUCAGCAUGUGUAAGUUGUUUAACCAAGGUGCUUUUUCCAGGGGGAUAUGGGGAAGCAAUGGAGUUGGACCCUGAGCAUUGCAAUUGGCUGGAGUGAAAAAAAAAUAUAGCUGAUGAAUAUCAGCUCUGCCCCAUUGUCCCAUUCUCAUUCAAGUCACUGAGGGCUUCUCCAUGUUUAAGUGAGUUGAACUUCAUUAACUUAAUUGUGCAGGAUUCAUUACAUACUUCUCUGCCUCUGCCCACAUGUUAAAUAGUAACUGCAAUCUAAUGCCUACCUCACAGGGAUGUUGUGAGGAAUAAUCAUUGUAUAUUCAGUGACCUGAAGAUAGAAAGUGCCAUGUUUCUGAUAAAAAUUAUUAAAAAAAAUAUUUCUGUGAACUCUUACACUGCUACGUACUACUGUUAAGGACUAGAGUUAAUAGAUGCUAUUUUGUUUUUCU